AUGGGACGCCAUGAGGAUAAGGAAAAUUCAAUUUGGUCUGAAAGCAAUGUUCCAGUUACGCCAAGACAUCUACUGAGCAGGUCUCAGUCGUUCAUGAAGAAUAAAUCACCAAAGCGUGCGGAGGCAAGGAGACCGCUUGCGAGCAAGGACAAUAAUAGGAGUGUGAGCUACCUUGGGACCAAGGAGCCGCUGCGCAAGAGAACAAGACCUGGGGUCAACCAUGCGGGCAGUUUUGUCGGGAACGCGCGCCUGGGCCCAGCCCCCACUUUGAACGCAAGCGGAGCGCCUAAGAUCAAGAGUCUGGUGCUCAAGGAUGGCAUAGAAGAGGAGGGCUCUCAGAGUGAGGGUGCGGAGGUCGACGAGGAUGACGAUGAUGAUAGCAACCGGCUGGCCGCGAAGCUGAGGACAAAACUGCUUUCUCGCGACCGCGACGCAGAAGGCGAGCAAACUGGCCUGCUAGGCGCGACCGGUGGCUUACAGAGCCUUCUGGGACCCAAAUUGAGCCAGAGGGCUGAAGAAUCCGAUAGCGACCAGGAGGUUGAGGUAAUACCGCCCAGACCAGAGCCUCUGCCUCACGUUCCUGAGGGUUAUACACCUUUCGGUGAACAAGAAAUCGCUAAACUGCAAGGCGUCGACGUUUCUCCCUUUCAGCUAAACUUCUCGGGUGUGGACGAAGACGAAGACAUCAAUUCUCAGGAUUCUACGCAGCUUUUUACAUUGAAUUUUGACAGAGAUGAUAAUGACGAUACUGACGCUGAUCAAAGCGGCCGCAAAAGGCAUCAUACGCCCGAAAGAACAACUAUUCCGAUUUCAACGGGUCAACGGCGCAAGAGUGACGUCUUUGAACUGGAGCCCACAUACGCCGGCAACGGACUUACCGCUAAGGAGCUCGAAUCACUGCUAGAGUAA